UGCUGUGAACCAAUAGACAUUUUUAUAUUUUUAAUUUGGGAAGGAUUUAUGAUGAGCAAUAGGAAGUUCAAAGCAGACAGAAUUGUAUUAAGAGAGAGAAAUCUUAGGACGAUUGAUCCAAGUGAAAUCUAGUUGUGAGGAACAUGAAUAAUAUCUCUGUUAACUGCUUCAGACCAACUAUUUGGAUGAAACCUUCCUGCGAUUUAGCUCAGUUUUCUUUACAUUUCCCAAAAAAUCCUCUCUUCUUCUACAAAUGCAGUUCCCUAAUAUGUUCUCUGUCACCUCAAUCAUGGCUUCUUCUUCGUCUCCUUCUGUUGUUCAGGAGCUGCAUUUCCCUCAUCUAAACAUUCCUGUAACCGUCAACCGUUCUAUUACGGUUACGCCUGCCGGACCUAUACCGGCCGCCUCCGGCGACAGCCUUUAUCUCUCAAAUCUCGAUGAUAUGAUCGGCGCCCGCGUCUUCACGCCGACUAUUUAUUUCUAUAGAGCAGAUUUCUUGAAUUCUGCUGGAGAUAUUGUGAUGAAAAAGUUAUGCGAUGCUUUGGCUCUUGUUUUAGUUCCGUACUAUCCUUUAUCUGGAAGGCUUAGAGAAACUAAAAAUGGCAAACUGGAGGUUUUUUUUGGACCAAAGCAAGGUGUGCUUCUUAUUGAGGCGUAUUCAGACUCGGCUUUAGCUGAACUAGGAGAUCUUGCUGUCCCAAAUCCUGCCUGGUCGCCGUUGAUUUACAGGUUCGCUAACGAAGAACCUUAUAAAAUUCUUGACAUGCCAUUGCUUAUUGCUCAGGUGACUCUUUUUAGCUGUGGUGGGUUUAGCCUAGGUUUGAGGCUGUGUCAUUGUAUCUGUGAUGGCCUUGGCGCUAUGCAGUUUCUCAACGCGUGGGCUGUAACUGCUCGGUCAGGCACGUUAGUCGCAAACCCUGAACCAUGUUGGGACAGGGAACUGCUUCAGCCACGUAACCCGCCGGUGGUUAAAUAUCCUCAUAUCGAGUUUAUGAGAAUAGAUGAUGGCUCUAGCCUAACUUAUUCUUUGUGGCAAGGGAAUCUUGUUCAGAAAUGUUAUCGGAUUAGCCGCGAGUUUCAAUCUCAGCUUAAAGCUGCAGCUCAAAGUAAUGGGAAAUUUGCCUGCUCGACUUUCGAUGCUAUGGCCGCUCAUAUUUGGCGAUCAUGGGUGAAAGCUAUUGAUGUCAAACCUCUAGAAUAUAAGCUUCGGCUGACAUUUUCUGUCAAUGCUCGUCAUAAGCUUAAAAACCCACCAUUAAAAGAUGGGUUUUACGGUAAUGUGGUAUGUGUAGCGUGUGCAGUGAGCUCUGUGUAUGAGCUUAUUAACGGGAAGCUUGCUGAUACUACCCUUUUGGUUCGUGAAGCUCGAAUGGGUGUCUCCGACGAAUAUCUGAGAUCAACAAUAGAUUACGUGGAGGUGGAUAGACCCGGCCGGCUUGAAUUUGGAGGGAAAUUGUCUAUAACUCAAUGGACUCGGUUCUCCAUGUAUGAAUCUGCAGAUUUUGGGUGGGGAAGACCAAUUUACGCGGGUCCAAUAGACUUAACACCGACACCGCAAGUCUCGGUAUUGCUUCCGGAAGGAGAGAGUGAUCCUAGUGGAAGAAUGGUGAUCUGCAUUUGCUUGCCUGAGCCUGCUACCACUAAAUUUGCAGAGUAUCUGUGUUCUCUUGAUUCAACUGAUGCCGAUGGUGUUAAUAUGAAAAAGCUGGUAUAUGUAAGGUGAUAAUUAGUUGGUAAUAUGCCACCAAAUACUUUGACUGAUUCCCACAUUUUAAAUACAUCUUGAGACUUUAUUUUGUGUCUAUAAGAUCAUUACACA